GUCGGCCCUGCCCUCGGGCCCCUGCCAGUGGGAACAGAAGCCUCGCUACAUCUCGAAAUUUCUCAACUUCUGAGGGUUUCUGAACAAUAAAUUGCUAAUGCUUUCUGGACAGAAGCUAUGCGGUUGUGACUCGUUGAUUUGUCUCACAUUCUGUCACUUUUCUGCAAUGGCCACCGAUAUAUUGCUUCAGACUCAUUUCCCCUUUCGCCUGCCCAAUACCCGCAAGUUCUCAGUUCUAUCUAUGGCUGUUAAGCGGAGUCCUAAGCGUCUCAAAUAUACGGCUCCUCGCUUUACCAAGGAAGGUGGUUUGCUUUACGUUGAAGCGGACACGUCGGGGUCUGACAGCUGGAAGUUAGAACCCGUGGUUAAUCUUUUAAAUGAAGGAGCUGUUGGAGUCAUUCCCACGGAUACCCUGUAUGCUAUAGUAUGUGAUCUGAGAAGCCACUCAGCCAUUGAGCGUCUCCGUAGAAUCAAGAAGAUAGAAGCUUCAAAGCCUCUUAGCAUCUUGUGCCACUCGCUUCGGGACAUAGACAAGUAUACUAUUGGAUUUCCACGUGGCGAUGGUCAAGGUCAUACAAAUAUAUUCAAAGCUGUUAAGCCUUACUUACCUGGUCCAUAUACUUUCAUCCUAAUAGCAAGUAAAGAAUUGCCUAAACAAUGCAUAAGAUAUGGCACUACUGCUGCCAAAUAUGCAUCAAGGAAAAACGUGGGUGUCCGUAUGCCUGAUGAUGCAAUUUGUCAGACAAUACUGGAGAAGAUGGAUGCACCCUUAAUAUGUACAAGCAUCAAGUUCCGAAAUGAAGAUGCGUGGAUGGUUGAUCCUGUUAUGAUUGCUGAUACAUAUGGACCCGAGGGUCUUGAUUUUGUUGUUGAUGGCGGUGUGAGAGUUGCUGAGCCAUCCACUGUGGUUGAUAUGACUAAAGCUCCUCCGACAGUCAUACGACAAGGAAAGGGACCUAUUUUACCUUGGAUGGAGUUGCAAGAUGAUCAGAAAACUGAGGGAGAUGAAGACCUCAUCCCUUCCGCCAUUUGAAAUUCAGUCAUGCAUCUUGGUUGAAUUUCAACUUUCAAAAAACUCUUGUUCAGCUUUCCCCAAUUUUCCCUGUAAAUUUCAACUUCACAUCUUUUUAUUGGUUCAAACAAACAGGAAGAGAUGGAAAUGGAUGUAACACGGACAAGACAAGAUUCAUAUUAUAUGAAGUAGUUAGAUAUUUCAUGUAAGUAGGGGUCAUGUGUUGAAGCUCA